AUGAUAUCUGAAUUCGACGACGAUAAGUUACACAAUGUAAUCCACUCCAUAAGCUAUGAUCCAUUAUCUUUUUCUUCGAAUGAAUUUCAUUUGUAUGGUGUGGAAAUUGAGUCAACAGAAACAAUUCUUUGGAAUCCCCACAGUGAUGAAUACAAGGAAUUACCCAAAUCUCCAAAUAAAUCUGUGGACCGAAUUAGGUCUCCAUAUGCUUUUGGUUAUGAUUACAGUGCUGGUUAUUACAAAGUGAUAUGCUUGGAUGACGUUGACGAUGGUUCUUCAGUUGAUGUUUAUACGAUUGGUCCAAAUUUAUGGAAAAGCACUCGAAUCAUCCCUCACCGGAUGUAUCCGGUGGAAGAGCCUGGAGUACUUCUUAAUGGAGUUUUUCAUUGGCUAGGUUACAUGACUGACAAUUAUUCUGAUGUUAUAAUCUCUCUGGAUAUCAGCGGUAAGAAAUUCAAAGCAUUGCAACCACAAAAAGUAUCUUUAGAGAAAAAGCAAUGUGGGUUGAGUGCUGGAGUGUUGAAAGACUGCAUUUCUGUACUUUGUUCUGGUAUUAAUGUUGAAGUACGAGUGAUGCAGGAUUAUGGAGUUCAAGAAUCUUGGACCAGAUAUUAUACUAUAACCCAUGAGGGAAUUCCGAGAGCCUAUACUUUGAAGCUCAUGUGGUCUUUCAGCAGUGGGGAGAUUCUAUUCGCGACCGGUGGUCGUUAUCUUGCUGAUCUGGUUCUGUAUGACCCAAACGAUGGAAGUGCUAGAAAACCAAAUAUGCAUGUAGAGAACCAAAUAUUCCCAUUUCAGAAUGGGAUGAAUGCAAUUGUCUUGAAAGCUUAG